ACUCUAAUACGAGACAUGCUUUCCUUGGAAUGGGACGAACAACAGUUCACAAAAUACACAAGAAUGUCCAAAGAUCAAUUCUCGUAUCUACAUAAGUUGGUAAAACCAUAUUUAAAAAGGGAUCCGAAAAAAAGACAUGUGUCCUCAGAACAACGCCUUAUAAUGACCUUACACUAUCUUUCUGAAGGAUGCUCUAUGCAAGAGAUUGCAUGGGGGUAUCGAGUUGGCCUAAGUACAGCCAGAAAUAUAAUCAUAGACACCUGCAAAGUUCUGUGGGACACCCUAAAUGAGUCCCAAUUACCCGUGCCAAACACAGAAGACUUCAUUCACAUUUCUGAAACUUUUCUUAAGAAAUGGAAUAUACCAAACUGCGUCGGUGCACUAGAUGGCAAACACGUAGAACUUAGGGCCCCAAAGAACUCCGGAAGUGAAUUUUUUAAUUACAAAAAAUCCUUCAGUGUUGUAUUAAUGGCAGUGUGCGAUGCGAAUAUGAGGUUCACAAUGAUUGAUGUUGGAGCAUCAGGUUCAAACCAUGAUUCCAUUGUUUUUAAAAAUAGUGGCAUGGGAAUGGCACUUUUUAAUGGGGAUUUAAAAAUUCCACCUCCAAAAUCUCUGCCGAAGACAAAUAUUGUCCUUCCCUAUUAUUUAAUAGCAGAUGCUGGCUUUCCUCUUCACACUAACAUUAUUAGACCAUACCCAGGAAGCCAUCUUGGCGAAAAGAAAAAUAUUUGCAACUAUCGCAUUAGUAGAGCCCGUAGAACCAUAGAAAGUGCAUUUGGGAUUCUGAGUCAGCGAUGGAGGAUAUUACGAAACAGAAUUAAUGCUUGCAUCGAAGUUUGUGAACAUAUUAUUCAUGCCACCAUCGUGUUACAUAAUUUUCUUCAACAAACAGAGGAAGAUAUCCCACCAGAAGAUAGGCAUUACUGUCCUACUGGGUUUUCAGACUGGAUUGAUUUGAAAGGUGAUUUGCAUGAUGGUACAUGGAGAGAAGAAGGGCAAGGUUUGAGAUCAGUUGGGAGAUUAGGUUCAAAUAAUGCCAGUAACUUGGCAAAAGAUCAGAGAGACCUGUUGGCAGAAUAUUUUGUUUCCAUCGAAGGUUGGGUCCCAUGGCAAGAAAAUUAUGUAAAUAGAGGUGGCUUGCCCACAGAUUAAUCCAUCCAUUUUCAUUCAACUAGUCAUUUUUUUUGCCUGGCGUCAAAAUUGGAAAUUAAAGGUGGGCAACGUCAUCAAAGUG